GCCUCCCCUCAACUCCAUGUGCGGAAACUUUGGCCUCCUGCUCCUCCUCCCCGCGCAUCGCCGCGCGACGCUUCGCCUGCUGCGCAAGAUGCUACGCAUCACCAUGAUACGCGGGGCGCAGUCGGCUGGGAUAGCGACAUUUUCGCUGUGCUACGCCGACAUGACCUGCGGUCUGUUUCAGGGCCACACCCGCUUCGCAACGUCUUCCGUCUGCAACAUCGCUGGCUGCCACCCGCAUCAGUGGCUACCGCGAUCAAAGCAGAUGGCGUGGAGGCUCGCAACAAACACAGCAUACCGCUUUGUUUGCGAGCGCCGCAGCGUCGAGAGCUUCAUCACGCACAACGGCGACUGCGACGCCUUCACCAUCCACGGCAACAAGUACCUUUAUGCCAUCGCGGACCUGCAGCUCCUCCUCGUCCGCCUUCUGGGCCACCCGAUUCCGAGCGACGUCGACUCUGCGUGCGUGGCAGGCCUACUAGACAUGCUACGAACCAAGGGCGUCUGGCUGGCCUCUGUGCGCUAUGGCUACCUUUUCGGCGCCCUUUCGACCGCCGGCUCCCUGCACGGCCGCAGCCAUGAGCUCGCGAGCGCCGCACAGCUCGAACAGCUCGCCGAUGCCUUCGCAGCGGUUGGCAAGAGAAUGGUGGAGCGCAUGCAGGAGCGCUUCGCAAGUGCCCCGCUAGCCGGCAUGCUGCCGCUGCUGCAGGCUGAGCUGUCACCUGGCAGCGGGCGGCAGCACACGGGCGAGGCGCAGCGGCAGCAAGCCGCGGCUGUUCGGCUCAUCGAGUGUGCCGUCUCCGCCUUUCUCUUUAGUGACCUGCUGCGUGCUGCGCUCGAGCUGCUGCACAACGCCGAUGGCUCAUCGGCGUUUUUCUUUUUUCGCAACCAGCGCGACAUCGACCGAGCCCGCGCGGCGGCGAGAGCAAAGGCGCACGCCGGCGGCUCGUCCACGCUCAAGGACGCAGAGGACCACGCCAACAAAUUGCGAGCGAAGCAGGCUGCAGCCGAGGAGAGGCGAGAGGCCGAGCGGGCGGCUGCAGCUGGGGACCAGCCCGCGACUGGGCAGUCACGCCGAGCCGGCGGGGAGGCGGCCGAUGCGGAUAAACGCGAGGCGCUGCGCGUCGCGCGCGAGGCGGCCGAGGCGGAUCUCAUCAGAGAGCAGGAGGAGGCGCGCGCGCGCUCGGGCUGCCGUCUCUCCAAGGCAGAUGCCGCUCCUGACGGCGAGUGA